AUGACAGUAACCAUCCAGAGGCAGGAGUUCAUACUGGAUAACGAAGGGAAGAACUUGUGUGACUACUAUGAUGUGGAAAAGAAGAACCUAGGAACAGGUACUUACGGUUCAGUAUCAGUAGCUGUGAGUAGGGCUACUGGGGUGAAGAGAGCUUGCAAGACUAUAUCUAAAUCCCAGGUUAAGAAUGUCCCUCGAUUCCGUCAGGAGAUAUCUAUUAUGAAGAUGGUAGACCAUCCUAACAUCAUACGCUUAUAUGAGACCUUUGAGGACGCCAAGAAUAUAUACCUCAUCAUGGAGUUAUGUACUGGUGGUGAACUCUUCGAUCGUAUAAUCGACAAGGGAUACUUCACAGAGAAUGAUGCUGCAGUGAUUAUGAAGCAGAUAUUCGCCGCCGUGUAUUACUGUCAUAAGCAUCAUAUUGUGCAUAGGGAUUUGAAGCCAGAGAACUUCCUCUUCCUGGAUAAGUCCCCCGAGUCGCCUCUCAAGGUCAUUGACUUCGGCCUUGCCACACUACGGGAGCCUGGUCAGUGUAUGAAGACUAAGGCUGGCACGCCGUAUUAUGUAGCCCCCCAGGUCCUACAGGGUGAGUAUGAUGGCAAGUGUGAUUCGUGGAGCUGUGGUGUGAUAAUGUAUGUACUUUUAUGUGGGUAUCCUCCCUUCUAUGCUGAUACUGAUUCUGAGAUCUUGAGGAGAGUCCGCAUGGGCAAGUACUCAUUCCCUGACGCCGAUUGGAAGGAUAUUAGUGAUGAAGCUAAGGACCUGAUAAGGAAGCUAUUGACCUACGACCCAGGGAAUAGAUGGACCGCUGAGCAAGCACUGAAUCAUAGGUGGAUUAAGACUAUGGCAGCAAAAGACUUCCAUGGUGAUAAGAAUGAACAUAAGAAGGUCGUAGCUAGUCUGAAGAACUUCAGAGCUCAAAACAAGAUGAAGAAGGUUGCUCUCACUGUCAUAGCUCAACAGCUCGAUGAGUCUGAUAUUGGCAAACUGAAAUCGACCUUCCAAGCUCUUGAUAAGAAUAAUGAUGGUAUGUUGUCAGUACAGGAAGUCAAGGAAGGGAUGCAAAAGAGUGGUGUAGCAUUACCUGAAGAUCUAGAGGAGAUAAUGAAAGAGGUUGAUUCUGAUGGCUCUGGUGCUAUCGAUUAUACAGAGUUCAUAGCAGCUACAAUGGAUAAGAAGCUAUAUAUUCAAAAGGAUGUAUGUUGGGCUGCAUUCAGAGUAUUCGAUAGAGAUGGCAACGGGAAGAUAUCUCGAGAAGAGUUGCAAGAUGUGUUGGGGAAUGAUGAUGUUAGGACCGCUCUGGGCUCUGAUCUGGUCACACAAAUGAUUAAUGAGGUUGAUCUCAAUGGUGAUGGUGAAAUUGAUUUCGACGAGUUCAUGCAGAUGAUGCAGAAGUCAACAUGA